ACCCGUCCGGGUUGUUCCGUGCAGUUUUUUGUGCAAAUAAAAUAAACCAGGCAAAAGCAGUUACGAUCGGAUUGAGUACACAUUCUAUACUACCAAGGAGUACGUGUUAGAGGAAAAGAAGCUGGAAUUUGAGAUUAAUUUCUCUGGAUCUCGCUGGUGUGUGACAAUUUGCAUCGUACACGUCUGAACUGCACGUCAAGAGAUAACGACGCUCCUAUCAGCAAGCAACGUGCGAGUGGCCGUCCCGUGACGAGACAGAGAGAGAGACAAGCAUGGAUCGCUGCUAGGAGGUCUCCGCGAAAAAAAAAUCAACGUCCAACAGUCACUGUAGAUAACACGUUGCGUGAUUGCACCACAGACAAAGUCAGCGAAGACCUUGGGCAGAACACGAACGACCUCCCCAAAAACGAACGAACGAGGCAUGAAUCUGGGAAGUUCCGGUGGAACGAGCACUUCCGGACACACAAGCAGCGGUUACUCGUCCGGUAACGCACCCGGAACGUCCUCGUCGUCCACCGGAGGAGGAGCAACCAGCAGCGAAAUGCCCGCCGAAAUCCGUCCCAAGGUGGUCACAGUGAAGCACCCCGAGUCGAACAAGCCCAAGCCGACCACCAAAAAGGGCAAAGCGAUCCAGGCCGAUGUGGAUGUCAUCAAGGAGUUUCAGCGCUGCAAGGAGGAAAACAUCCUUCGACUGGACCUCAGCAAAUCCUCCAUUACCGUCAUUCCACCGUCCGUCAAGGAUUGCACCAGCCUGAUUGAGUUCUACCUGUACGGCAACAAAAUCAGCUCCCUCCCCGUAGAAAUCGGCUGCCUCUCCAACCUGAAAACCCUGGCCCUCAACGAAAACUCGCUCACCUCCCUGCCGGACUCGCUGCAGAACCUGAAAGCGCUCAAAGUGCUCGACCUGCGGCACAACAAGCUGUCCGAAAUCCCCGACGUCAUCUACAAGCUGCACACGCUGACCACGCUCUACCUGCGCUUCAACCGGAUCAAGGUGGUCGGCGACAAUCUGAAGAACCUCAGCAGCCUGACGAUGCUCAGCCUGCGCGAGAACAAAAUCCACGAACUGCCGGCCGCGAUCGGGCACCUGCGGAACCUCACCACGCUCGACCUGUCCCACAACCACCUGAAGCAUCUGCCCGAGGCGAUCGGCAACUGCGUCAACCUGACGGCGCUGGACCUGCAGCACAACGACCUGCUCGACAUUCCCGAGACGAUAGGAAAUCUGGCCAACCUGCAGCGGCUCGGGUUGAGGUACAACCAGCUGACGGCGAUUCCGGUCUCGCUGCGCAACUGCAUCCACAUGGACGAGUUCAACGUGGAGGGCAACAGCAUCAGCCAGCUGCCGGACGGGCUGCUGGCCAGCUUGAGCAACCUGACCACCAUCACCCUGUCGCGGAACGCGUUCCACAGCUACCCGUCCGGUGGGCCGGCCCAGUUCACCAAUGUGACCAGUAUUAACAUGGAGCACAACCAGAUCGACAAGAUUCAGUACGGCAUCUUUUCGCGCGCCAAAGGACUCACCAAGCUGAACAUGAAGGAGAACGCGCUGACGUCGCUUCCGCUCGACAUUGGCACCUGGUCCCAGAUGGUGGAGCUUAACUUUGGCACGAACUCGCUCGCCAAGCUCCCGGAUGACAUCCACUGCCUGCAGAACCUGGAGAUUUUGAUCCUGUCCAACAACAUGCUGAAGCGAAUCCCGAACACGAUCGGCAACCUGAAAAAGUUGCGCGUGCUCGACCUCGAGGAGAACCGGCUGGAGUCGCUUCCGUCGGAGAUCGGCCUGCUGCACGACCUGCAGAAGCUGAUCCUGCAGUCGAACGCCCUCCAGUCGCUUCCCCGCACCAUCGGACACCUCACCAACCUGACGUAUCUGUCCGUCGGCGAAAACAACCUCCAAUAUCUGCCGGAGGAAAUCGGCACCCUCGAGAACCUCGAGUCGCUCUACAUCAACGAUAACGCCUCGCUGGUGAAACUCCCGUACGAGCUGGCCCUGUGCCAGAACCUGGCCAUCAUGAGCAUCGAAAACUGUCCCCUGUCGGCGCUUCCGCCGGAAGUGGUGGGCGGCGGGCCCAGCCUGGUCAUACAAUAUCUGAAGCUCCACUCGCCCUACCGACAGAUGUGAUUUGGUACAGACAAUUUAACGCUGGACAUUGUCGCCAACGCCGGCAUGCAGGCCGCCGCCCUGGUCGCGUUCGUCCGGGCGGCCCUCGUCUAGGCACCGGCACCGAUCGAACGAAGGGGACACGAGGGAAACGAGAGUUGUGUUUUUUAUUUUUGUUCGAACGAAAAAAAAGUAACUUCUUAGUAAGGAAAAAAAAAAACAGAAAAAUCAAUGUGAUUUAAAAAAAAGCUUUAAUAAUAUUGCUAUUAAACAAAACAAAAAAGGAAGAAACCAUAACAUUUAAAAUAAUCAAGUGCGAAGCAGUGAGUCGUGCAUGUAAACACAGAGUUAGAGUUAUUUGCAAAACAAACAAAACAAAAAUGAAAUCAACGUAUUUAAAUGCAUAAAAACAAACAGUAACAGUAAAAAGUGAAUGGUUAAAGUAUAUAAUAUAGUUCAAGAAGCAGCAACAAGCCAUUACAAUUUGACUUAAAGUGAGAGUGUGUGUACAAAAGUUGUUUUUUUUUUUCGGUUGGUCGUUGAAGAGAAUGGAGACGGAAAAGCAUCGCCGGUGUUCGGAAGAGAAGGAUGCUUGCUUGUGGAACUCUUCCGAAGCAUCUGUUUGUUUUAGUUUUGUGAAACCAAACACCGGCAGCAGUAGACGAAAUCCGCAAACCUAAAAAAAAACCUGAUCGCCUGACCACCCAAAAACCAGCUGGGAACCAGCAACGACGGCAAAGUAUCACAUUUCCAGCCGCUUCAUCCCUUUUCCUGUUUGUGAUUUUUUCUUUAGUUUUUGGUUAAUUUUCGCCACAUUUGUGUUAGGUUGAGCCAAAUUUCAAAACAACCAUACAAACAUUGAUCUCAGUGCAGCAAAACAAAAAAAAAAAAAAAAACGGUGCAUGCAAAUCAGACCUCUCUCUAUACUUUGUUUGUUUAAUUAACAUUGAUGGUUUUAAAAAUAGUUGCGUUGAAAAUCCUGAAUGCUGACAUCACAAACAAUUGUAACUUCUUGUGCGCAAAUCUAUUGUAACUGUGUCUGUGUAAGUAUACAUAACGAAUAAUAGUGACGAAAGUAAAAUUUAUUUUUAUGUUUUUUUAACGCUGAAGAUUAAGCAAAAAUCUACGAAUAAUCGAUUUCAAAGGCAAUCAGUUUUUCAAUUGUUCUACAAUAAAGCGAAACACAAAUAUUUGACACAAACACAAAAUAAAAAAAGCAUGUUGAUAGAUUAUAGUUAUUAGGUUGAAAGUAUUUAAGUUUAACAUUUGUUCCAAAGGUGCUCAAACUUUUUUUUAAACGAUUUGACGUUUGACACCAGCAAGUCGAUAAAAAAGGCAAUUUGUAGCAUUUAGUUUUCAUUUGAACCCGAACUGGGAACGGUAGCAAAAAAAUAUCACUGAAGGCGGCAUUACACUGCGGAAGCUUUUGUGUCUGUCAAAAAAGAUUUUCAGAUUUCCGUAGUGGAACAGGAAACGUUGAAAUGUGCAAACAAAGUUUCCCGCAGUGGAAUACCUCCUUCAUUUUAAGGCGAAUUGGGACGCAAAUAAAAAUGGCAACGAAUUAAAAGCUUUUGUUUAAUCUUAUUUGAAUGUUUUGCCAUCACCUAGUGAAUCGCAGGUAAAACAUGGUGGCGUCGCCACCCAAAUUCGGGUGAAAAUGCACAAUUUGUCUGUGGUUUCCACCGUAAGCUUAAGUUUGGUAGGAUUAGUUGGACUGUGCGGGGUGGAUUCUGUAACGGGACACAGCGAUCGUCACCCUUCGACACAAAUUUGACUUUAUUUUUUUUUACACGCCUUGUUAUACAAACACUUGCAUUUGUUUGACAACAAAACUUUGCAUUCCUUAGAGAGAGAAAAAAAAGCAAAACAACUUUUUCUAGUCAGCAAACGAAACUUUUGACAAAAACAAAAAAUGGUUGAAGUUUGAAGGGAAAAACAAACAUUAUUGUCCAUUAUGGUUGAUUAGAGUUAGCAACUUGAAAAAAAGAAUCACGUAAAUAAGAGAGGAAAAACAAAAUGGCCUAAUAAAGUUGUAGUGAAAAGAUACAAACAAAACACUAUUGUGCAAAGUAAAAAGAACAUGCUGAAAAUUAGGGAAAAUUAUCAACAAAAAACAAACAGUGUAAACAAGCAAACAAACAAUGAAUAAGUGAAAGUGAAGAACACACACACACACAUGAGUUGUACUACAUUUAAGGCAAAACCAGAGUCAAAAGUGAAAAAGCGAAAGCAUUAAAGUAAUCUUUUUACGAGCGCCAAAAACGCUGCAGCAAAGACAUCGGAAAUCGUUCUUGACACAAGUUCCUUUGAUUUUUCUGGGCAAAAAGAAAAAAAAAUCAACUUAACAAACUCAAAAUUUCACACCGUACUAUAUAUUACUCAAAGAGCAACUAAAAAGAAUGGAAAGAAUAUAUUAAAAACAAAAUCAGUGCCAUGUUUUGUUACAAUCCUAAAAUCAAAGAUUUUAGUUGAACUGCCGGACUUGUUUGAAAAGUGAGAUUACAACAAAGAGAAAAAAAAAACGGAAAA